CCUUGGUACUUCUCCCGUCGUGAAAAUAUUGAAUGAAACUAUUGAGUGUCUUCGUCACAGCGACGAUUCAAUUGCGUUACCGCGUGUCUUUGUGUUAUCAGGGCCACCUGGCGUCGGAAAAACUCACGGAAUACGCAUUGCUACCCAGUAUGCCUCACGUCAAGGUCCAUGUAAGCUUAUAGUCUUGCAAGGAUCGGAACUUUUGUCGGCGGGGAGUGCUGCCGACGCUUCCUUGUCAUUGUUACGGUAUUUUGUACAGGCGGCCAAUGCAACUGGGUUGAGCUCGGAGGCUGUUGCAGUGCUCUUUCUUGAUGAAUGUGACGCUCUUUUUGCGUCCGAUAUUAUCGCCGCCAGCCUAGGAAGCUUGCUGGAUCGUAUGGCUGAUCCUUCAGAUCUGGAGGCGUUUAAAUGGCGGCGAGUAGUUGUUGUGGCCGCCACAAAUAGGGUUGAAGCAAUUCCAGUAUCACUUCAAAGGCCGGGACGCUUGGAACGCGAAGUUUCCUUGUUUCCACCCAGUAUUGCCGAGCGCAUCUCCAUCCUACAAUUCCUAUUAAGGGAUUCAUGUAAGGCAUGCUUAAAGCCGGAGGAAGUGGAGGGGUUGGCGGAAAGUUGCGUUGGAUACGUUGCUGCAGACCUAGUAUCGCUUGUUAGACAUGCAAAGCUAUUACGGCUAUUUCAAGACGUGACAGAGAAGCAUGAUUCCGUUGGCUUGACUUAUCAUCUGCUAAAAAGUGCCACAAAAGAAGUUGCUGCUUCAGCCUUGCGAGAUGCAUCACUAUCAGCUCCACCAAACAGAUCUUGGAAGGAUGUUGCGGGCAAUCCCGGUGGUGCCAAAACACUUUUGCGUCAAGCUGUUGAGUGGCCUCUAUCGAGACGUUGUGCAUAUGAAUGUUUGGGUCUGACGCCACCACGUGGUAUUCUUCUAUAUGGCCCUCCUGGUUGCGCCAAGACUUCCUUGGCAAGAGCUGCAGCCGGAGCUAGCAAUGUGGCAUUUUUAUCGCUUGCACCCGCCGACGUAUACGCGUCGUCGUACAUUGGCGAAGCUGAAGCGAUUGUUCGUCGAACGUUUGCUUUGGCCCGAUCGGCAGCGCCAUGUGUGUUAUUUUUUGACGAAAUUGACGCAGUUUUGGGAUCGGACGGUAAAGCUGGGCAUAGUAUGUCUCGUGGGUCGUCUGCAGAAGCAAGAGUUUUGAGUACCUUCUUGAACGAAAUGGAUGGUGUAGAUGGUGAAUCAAAAGAUGGUGUUCUUGUGCUGGGUGCGACAAAUCGGCCCUGGACUUUGGAUGUCGCGUUGCUGCGGCCGGGGCGGUUUGAUAAGAUCAUUUACGUCCCUCCUCCUGACUUUGAAGGCCGACAAUCUAUUCUCAAUCUCGCGUGUCGAGAAUGGAUAGAUUUAGGGCUUGCACCUGAUAUUGAUAUAGAAAUUCUGGCCAGCGAGGGAGUUUCUGGGAAUUUGACAGGUGCCGAGAUUGUAGGCGCCUGUCGGGAAGCCGCCUCGGAUGUGAUUCGCAAC